AUGUCUAAUAACUUUUCUGACCCAUCUAAAAAUAAUAAUAAUAAUAAUCAAGAUAAAAAAAAGAAAUACUUAGAUUUUGUUGUAAAAAGAGGAACAUCUGAUAAUGAAAUUGAGUAUAAUGCUGUUGAUGUAACACUUUUUAAAAUUACACAAGGAUAUGAUACAUUUGUAUCAUUUAUUAUGGAUAUUAUCAUAGGAGCAUUUGAUAAUAUAACUGAUUUUUCUGAUAUACCAGAAAAAUUUGAUUAUGGUUAUAUAACAGUUGCAUAUUUUUGGAGUUUUAUUAUAACAUCUGCCAAAGAAAUUGGCCAUUCAAUAGGAAAAUGUAGUAUUGGUAGUUAUUUAAUGAGUUCUAUAUUUGGUUUACCAGCAACAGCAUUAAUAACAUAUUUACUACUUCCAUUACGUUUAUUUUUAAUAAAACGAAUAUCAGACAAUAAUUUUAUGACAAUAGCUGAGAGACGUUUAGAUUUAAUUUUAAAUGCUUUCAUAUUUGGUAUUUGUGUUGAAAAUGUUAUAAAUUAUUUGGAAUUAACAAUAUCAGAUGGAUCUGUGACAUAUUACCUUCCAAUUGUAUUAGUAUCCUCGAUUACUAUUAUUGGACCACGUCUUGGUAGAAAUAGAACUAAAUUUAUAAUAGUUAUUAUGGGUAUUGGUUUAUGUGUUAGCUUAAUUUUAACAUCAAUAUUUUCAAAAAUUAAUACAGAAUAUUUUUUAGGAUUACUAUUAGAUAUAAUAUUUAGUUUUUUUAAUAUUCAAUUUUUAAUAGCAAAUUUAAGGAAACCAAAAGAUGAAAGAGAUAUGACUUCAUCACAAACAAUGUCAUUAAUCUUAUCUUUAUAUACCCAUCUUUGUAUAACUUUUCUUACUGGUAGAUAUAUUUUUGAAAGUGCAGUAGAUAAAAUUGUAGGAAAACAAAAAUUAUAA